UAAUAUUUACAUAUAUAUUAAUAUUAUACAAAACAAACUUUAAAGCGGGAGUGACGACGCCUUUCUUGCCACGAAGUACCAAUAGCAAGGUACGUUGCCAUAGUUACUCCAGAGAGAGGGCGAGACUGCUCCGCUCACGUGACCCAACAAGAUGGCGACCACACAAUGCAGAAUGAAUUUGACUGAUUUAAACUGAGUGGGUCCGUUUCGCUGGGAAUUUGGAUCUGCUGGUUAAAUUGUUAAUCAUCAUCAUCAUCAUAUCACAGAAUCAAGAUGGCCCUAAAUGUCUUUGAUCAUGAUGAAUACAGGCCACCCGUGUGGAAGUCUUACUUGUACCAGCUCCAGCAGGAGGCACCUCACCCACGCAGACUCACCUGCAUUUGUGAGGUGGACAACCGACCUAAAUACUAUGGAAGAGAGUACCAUGGGAUGAUCUCCAGAGAAGAGGCCGACCAUUUGCUAAGUCAGGCUGAAGGCAGUUACCUCAUCAGAGAGAGUCAGAGACAGCCGGGCACCUACACACUGGCUCUAAGGUUUGGGAACCAGACAAGAAACUUCCGUCUUUACCAUGACGGGAAGCACUUUGUUGGAGAGAAGAGGUUUGAAUCCAUCCACGACCUGGUCACAGACGGUCUCAUCACACUCUACAUUGAGACAAAGGCAGCGGAGUACAUUGCUAAGAUGACCAUAAACCCCAUCUAUGAACAUGUGGGCUACACCACCCUGAACCAAGAGCCCACCCUGAAAAAACACCUGCCACAAAGCCCUGAGGCCCCAGAUGGACCCGCACCGGCCAAAGACGAGCGUAAUGCUGAGGAAAGGCUCACAUCGCUGGUGCGGCGGGCCACCCUGAGGGAGAGCGACUUAGCACCCAAAUACGAGAAGGUCCACAACUUCAAGGUUCAUACGUUCAGAGGCCCCCACUGGUGUGAGUACUGUGCCAACUUCAUGUGGGGUCUCAUUGCCCAGGGAGUCAAGUGUGCAGACUGCGGGUUGAAUGUCCAUAAGCAGUGCUCCAAAGUGGUGCCGAACGACUGCCAGCCAGACCUGCGGCACGUCAAGAAGGUGUACAGCUGCGACCUCACCACGCUGGUCAAAGCCCACAACACCAAGAGGCCCAUGGUGGUCGACAUGUGCAUACAGGAAAUCGAGGCGAGAGGUCUCCAGUCAGAGGGUUUGUACAGAAUAUCGGGCUUCAGUGAGCUGAUUGAAGAUGUCAAGUUGGCCUUUGACAGAGAUGGAGAGAAGGCGGACAUUUCCUCAAAUGCUUACGAGGACCUCAACAUUAUCACCGGAGCCCUCAAGCUCUACUUCAGAGAGCUGCCUAUUCCCCUCAUCACAUAUGAUGCCUACCCACGCUUCAUAGAAACAGGAAAGAUUGCAGACCCGGAAAAACGUCUGGAGUCUCUCCACGAGGCCUUGAAGCUGCUGCCGCCAGCUCACUGCGAGACGCUGCGAUACCUCAUGGCUCACCUCAAGAGAGUGACCGAGUACGAGAAGGAAAACCUCAUGUCCAGCGAGAACUUGGGUAUUGUCUUUGGCCCGACACUGAUGAGGGCCCCUGGGCUGGACGCCAUGACGGCGCUCAACGACAUCCGAUACCAGAGACUCGUGGUGGAAUCGCUCAUUACCAACGAAGACGUGUUGUUCUGAGAGGAGCGAAAGGGAAAAAAUUCUUCCAACAAGGAGAGGAAGGACAGACCGAUUGGGAAGCCCUCCUGUGAAAAGAUGGAAGAAAAAGUGGACUUAUUACAAGAAAAUGAAGAAGUAACAUGCAAGAUACCUGGAAGAAGGGUCUUGAUAGAGAGGACAACAAGGAGUGUUUUUGUAAGGAGUGGAUGGAGGGAAGAAGGAAGGAAGUGACUAUUUGCAGUGAAGGAAUUGAUUAAAAAAACAUGGUGGAGAAGAAGUAGACGGAAGGAUGCAGUGUUUCCCUACAUUUUAAAUGCAAAACUCAAUCAACAGACUAGAAGCUUCCACAGAAGAUCAAAAAUGUGUAAUGUUGUACAAAAAUUGCCCAGCCUUACUUUAUAGAAUUAAAAGGGAAAUAUGUUCUCUAUCCUAAGGAGAAAUUAAUAUUAGCAUUGCAACAUUACUUUAUUUCUGUAGGGAAAACACUGCGAUCCAUCUUUAUGUUAAAACAUUACUUAAACGGAUGCCUUGACAGUUAGUUUUUUUUCACCAGACUUAUUUUAAAAAUCAGCUACAUUAAAAAGCUUUCUUAGCAUUGUUUUCAUUAACCAUAGAAACCGAAUGAGCCACAAGUGUCACACUGUGGUUUCAGUGAAAAAUGCAAUGAAAAUUUUAAUCAGCGUUUCCCUACAACUCUGGUGGUAAGAGAUUAGUUUGUUUGCUUUGUGUCUCAUAGUGUCAAGAUAUAAUCCUCCUCAAGAGAAGAAGAAGAAGAAGAAGCACUGACUUCAUAACAGUAGACAGCUGAAUGAAUGAAUGAAUGACCCAUAAUGCUAACUCAUUCCUCUGAAUGGAACUUAAGUGACUUGGACCUACUAUGUUUUCAUUACUCUUUUCAACUUCUUUACUUUACAGCUCCCUCUUCUGUUCCAUUGACUGAAGUGUAAUUAUACAGCCAUUUUACACUAAGUAGUUUUGAGUUGCUUACAGAGAAAAAGUAAUGCAGGCUUACUCUUGUUUGUUUCAUAUUAUAAGCUUUUGUUGCUGUAUAAUUACAUAACAACUGAUGGAGUAUUACAUUUAAUAGUUUUUCUCAUAGUCCCUGAUCCAAUCCUGCGUUCUUUUACUUCUCCACCUGCCUGCUUUGCCUCUGAAGGUGAAACAUUGCACUUUUUAAAUAUAAAGUUCAAAAGGAAGCUUUGGGAACUUUUCUGAAGCAGGCUGUCAAAUACAUUUUCCUCCAGAAAUCAAGUUUUUUUUCUAGUUCUUAAAAUUGGCACAUUGUCUCCACACAGCUCUAAUUCAUUGGCAGAUGGUGAAGAGAGGAACACAUCAUAUCUGACUUAACACAACAUAUCUGACAUAAAUGUGUUAAACAGUGCUUUAAGUUGUUUAUUGUUUCUGUUUGUCUUUUGUAUAAAGCAGCAUUGUAAGUAAGUAGUGUUAACAAGCACAUUUUGUGGUCAACAUACUAAUUGAAAUCCUUGAUUGCUUUCCUGGAUGCAAUUCAACAGAUUGAAAUAAUAAUUUAAGGUCAGACUUUAUCGGCCUGAGUGGGAUAAAUUAGACACUUCAGUACCGAGAUGGGUUUUGGACAUUAUGUGAAAUUUUAAUAUCCCAAAAUGUUAAGCAAGGAAGCUCAAUGAAGCAAAAACUCCUAAUGUUAAUUACUCUGUAUUCAUGUCGACAAUUAAAGUGCUAAUGGCACUUCCUUCUCUUAAUGUGCUAGUUGGGCCAAAUUGGGACUCCACUGACAGGUUUGGACAGAUGAUACAACUGUGAAUUUGUGAGAAAUAGUAUUGCUUACAUGUAAGUACAGCCAGUUUGGUGUAUUAAGGUCAAAAUUAUAUUUGACCUAAAUACAAGUUAUUGUAAUCAAAUGCCAUACAUUUGACAGUGUCUUCCAGAUUUGUGAAGAUGAGCUACUGGCUAAACAUUCAUUUGCUGUACUGUUUUGACCGUGCUCUGAUGUGAUGAAAGCAGUAUUAAUUGUGGGAUGAAGUUUCUGAUCGUCUGUAAUAUGAAGGAGUGUAUUUGCUAUGUUUUUGUGUUUUUUUUAACUAGUGCCAUUUGAAAAGGGUAGAGGUGUUGGAUGCCUUCUGCACAUUACCCACACUUCAGCUAACACACUAACCGUAUUUUUUUCAUUCAUUUCUACCCCCAUUUCUGUCGGGGGGGGGGGGGUCCACUGAUUUACUAUUCCUAGUGCUCUUCAUGUGCAGGGCGGUGACGACCCACCAGACGCCAAGACCCAGUUCACUGAGCAGAGUUAGGGCUGUAAAA